CCACGGCGGUGCACAUGUCUGCUGUCUAGUUCACGGCCUGUAUGUGUGUCUGUACGUGUGUGUGUGUUCACGAGUUACCCCAAGUUCAACAAGGGAUUUUAUUAUUUCACACCAACAAAAAAAAAUGAAACUACUUAUGUUCGAGGGAUGUUUGUUGUUGCUGGUGGCGAUGGUGGCGUGUGGGGAAGAAACCCUCCACCACUUACCUUCCAGCGCAAGUUUCACUAACCCAUCAUAUCUAUUUAGCCCCAACAAGAGGUCUCACACAAGUAACCAAAAUAGUGAAAGGGGCCAUCUGGUGAGGCACCGUGGGAGAACUGUAAGGCCACCCAGUGUGCCUCAGAGUACUGCUGCAAUACAACCACACCACCAAGAUAAACCCAUUGUGGCCUCCAGUACUCAUAUGACAUUAGGUGCUACUCAUUCAAACGAAUCAACAGUAAAAUCUCCGCCACAGAAGAGGGAAAGUCCACUAAGAGAUUUGGCAGCAGUUACUGAUCCAAGAAACUUGAGCACCCACCGUAGAGGCCUUUUCUUUAACUUCUAUCCUCCAAUUCCAAAACACCGCCCACCGCCACACCGACCCCCAGGGCCCCGCCCACCUGCCUUUCACCCACCAGUACGACACCCACCCCCAAGACACCCCCCGAACCCCAACCAUGGUCCCCCUCCACAUAAACCUGACUUUCCAGAAUUCGAGUUUGAUUUUGAUCCACCAAACUUCUUCGAGUCAUCUGGUUUUCAUUUUCCUGAUGAAGAAGACUCGUAUGGAUUUGGUCACCUACAUGAUGAAGUUGAGGAAUUCUUCAACGGACCUCACGAACACGAUGACAAUGACUAUCACUUUUCAUCACCACAUCCUCCACUGAAGCCCUUUGACAUAUUUUCUCCAGACUUUGAGGAGCACCCUUCAUUGCCUCCUCAGAGACCACCGGCCUCGCCUGCAGUGUCUCCACACAUCAACUUCAUCACCGAGGACUCCAUCUACCGGGAUGAUGUGCCAGUCAAGGAGGUCCACAACGACAGAGACAAAGUCCAUCCUGGGCUGGAUCCUGGAGGUGUCAAAGCGCUCAGCCCAGAUUUUUUAUUCUUCAUCAAGGAACAGACAAAAGCUUAUGUUAAUAAUGAAUCAUCAUCUGAGUUUGAGUGAUAGUCCAGUUCAAAAUCACAUCACUCCCAUAGUCAUUUAUAUUGGGUUAUACAAUGAUUUGGAGUCGCCAUAACAUAGUUAUAAGAAUAUUGUGGUAACAUACCAUUCACAGAAAAUAAAAUAUAGUAAUAAAGUAUGCACAGUACAGGCAGAUAAUUACUGCAAUAUUUGACAUUGUACUAAAUUGUCUGUUAGUAAUAAAGCACUAUUAUUUUAUCAAUGGAGCCAGUGAGCUGUGCCUUCUCCUGGGUUAUGGACAUACAGUACUGUGCUUCACACCUCAAGAAAAGGUGAAUUAAGGCUCAACAGAGUUCAAUCUGAAAAUCUUGUUUCAUAACCCUGACUACAGAGAACAUUUGUCAUAAAAACUGCUGACUGUUAUAAUAUAUGAUAAAUUGUCUACAUUCAAUCCUCUUUUUUUUUGUAAAUCAGGCAUGGGGACAAAGCCAAGCCUACGGCUUUGAAACCAAAGCCAUUGGAAUGUCAUGAAGCUGCAGCCAGACAUUAAAAAUGUCAUGAAGCCAAAUAUUAAAGUAGUCAUGAAGCUGAAACCAACAAUUUUCAAAGUUUUAGGAAACUUGAGCACUGUUAUUUAUAUAAAAUGUAUUGUAUUACCUUAUAUGUUGAUGGGAAUAGUAUGUAUGGUACUGUAAUGUAAGUUGCAGCAAGGCUUUGAGAUAAGCUAACUUUAUUUUAAGCUGAUUGUUCUUGGGGUAAGUUUUAACUCUCCCUAUAGCCUGAAAAAGGUUACUUAUAGUAACAAUUAUCUUUGAUAAUUUUAUUUUAUCCAUAACAUAGUAAUUUAGUCACAAAUUACAGAAAAGCAACUAUUUGGUAUCUUUGAUCUCUUCCAACAUUCAGGUCAGGUCCUUGUGAGAUUAGACCAGUAGGGAUAACUUGUGACGUCAGUAUGGAUCUUAGGUCAAAUCAAUGUCACAUGGCCCAGAAGCCAAACCCAACUUAAGCCCCAUGUCUGGUUUGUAUUCGUUUUGUUAAUAGUGCAUUUGCUUAAUUUAUAUUUUACCUCACUAGUUGUACAGUGCACACAAAAAUGUAACUUUUCAGGUAUAUGUUAUAGAAUAAACCAGUUAUAUCCUUGUAUGUGAUGAUAUAACCCAAAGAGUGUUGGGUCACUUGUUGAUGUCAAAGUGUGAUGUUCCCUGACAGUGAGGAGAAUUAAGUUACUGUUCUUUGUCUGAGUAAGGACCAUUAAGCCCUUGUGAAAUGUAAGUUCAACAGCCACUGGACACCCUAAUACCCCUGAACAUGAAGGAUAACAAGAGUAUGUGUAACAAACAGUUUAUACUGGGAGGAGUGGUAAAGAAUUUUGACAAGACU